AUGGCGAGAAGCAAACUCGUUGGGGUAUCCAGACUUCUUUUUGUUCUAUUUAUCAGUCUACUUUUCUCCCGUUCUAAUUCGAAUCCCACCAUUGGCGGGCAGGAACGUCGUGUCACAAAAGGCGCCGCAGCUCCUACAAGGCGUCAAGCAAACGACACCAUUCACGUCGUCUCUGGCGUCCCUCGGCUCGGAAUUGAUACAAAGUUCCCUCGACUCGAGGUCCGCGAGCUGGAACGAAAUCCAGACCAAUUCAACGUCUACCUGCUGGGUUUGCAACGAUUCCAAAGCAUAAGUCAAGACGAAAAGCUUUCCUACUUCCAGAUCUCUGGUAUACAUGGCCGACCUUUUGUGUCGUGGGAUGGUGUGGAGAAACAUCCAGAAGGGAAAGACGGCUAUUGCGCGCACAGUAGCAACAUAUUCCCAACAUGGCAUAGGCCGUAUCUUGCCUUGAUGGAGGAGCUUCUAUACGUCAACGCUCGAGAAGUUGUCUUGGGAUUUCCUGACGGUGAGCUCAAAGAUCGCAUGAACGUUGCGCUUGAAACAUUCAGAAUGCCAUACUGGGAUGCAGCAGCUGUACCUCCAGAAGGCGAAGGAUCGUAUCCAGCAUGUGUGCAAAUGCGUACCAUGACGGUCGAACUACCCGACGGGAACACAUCAGUCAAGACUGAUAUACCAAAUCCGCUGUUCUCAUAUGCAUUCCACCCCUUGCCUAUCGACGCUUUCAAGGGUUCUGAUUCGAGAUUCACACGCUGGAAUACCACAAAGCGCUUCCCGUCCAACAGAAACGCAGACGCGGAGAGCCAGGACGGCAAGGUCGCGUAUGAGUUAGACGCGAACCAGGUUAAUCUUCGGCAACGAACGUACUAUAUGUUGUCUAUGCAGAAGGAGUAUCACAAUUUCAGCAACAACGCGGUGAAUAGCGAGCUCAGUGGCGUGGUGGUGGACAGUCUCGAGUCGGUCCACGACUCGAUUCACCAUAGUGUAGGAAGUAAUGGGCAUUUGACACAGAUCGCCUACUCGGCGUUCGACCCAGUAUUUUGGCUUUUGCACGCAAACACUGACCGCAUGUUUGCCAUCUGGCAAGCUCUGAACCCGGAGAGCUAUGUCACCAACCACACGAAUCCCAAGGCUACGUUUACGACGCCUAAGAAUUCUUGGGCAGACGAGAAUACUCCUUUACACCCUUUUCGCUGCAACAGUGCAGGAGACUUUUGGACCUCGGCGACCGUCCGCGAUCAUACUGUCUUUGGCUACACUUAUCCUGAACUCAUCGGCCUGUCAGAAGACGUCACGCUCAUCCGUCGAGUCAACGCCCUCUACGGGGAGAAUGCGACGUCG